UAAGAAAUAGGAACAUCAACUAUGGAAAAAAACGCGUCAGCAUAUUACCUUUUCAAGAGUCUUUACACAUACAACUAUUCACGGGGUUCAUGAAGCAACUUUUAAGAUUUUAUUAAAAAAGUAAAAGUAAUUUUUCACAAUUUAAAAUAAACAAAAUACUGAAGACCGUGUAUAUUUCCCUUAUACCAAACAUUGAACGAAGAUGUUGCAUGUUGACCAAUCCUACAGUGGAGAGUGGGGUUGCUCAGUUUGUCCCAUUUCUUCUUAUCCUACGCAUCAACCUUUGUCCCAUUUCCCCUUACACUCUGCUCUUCACUGUGAAAAAGUGUAGAAGAGCCGUUUUCACCACCACAGCUUUAUUCAGCUCCUAGCAGAAGAACAGAAGGUUUCACUUUCUGGGGUUCCUCAAUCGGUUAAAGAAAAGAUUUUUAUUCUAUGGUUGCGUGAUUCAGCAUGUGCUCUAGUGUAGAAUUUGAUUCUGCUUUUUUGACCAACCCAAAAAAAAAAAAGAAUCUGUAAUCCAAGAUUCAGUCUUUCUUUCCUUUUUAAUCUUCCCAGAGUGUCUCAUAGUCAGUUCUAGCUGUUUUCUUGAAAAGUAGCUCAUUGCGUGAAAGUAAAAGACAUUCUGGGUAUCACUGUUUGAAUUUUCUUGUUCUGUAUUUCUUUGUUUUAGAGUGGUUUCUCGUGAAAAGUUGGUUAUCAUUUAACACUCGAGUUUUUUUUUUUUUGGUGUGAGCAAAGGAGGGUGAGUGAUGUGGGGGGCAGAGGGACCAGUAGGGUUAUUUCCAUUAAUAUGUAGAUAAUGUUUUGACAGAAUCUUAUUGGGAAGCCAAAGUAGGUAAAUCACAUUCAGCACAGUGUGUGCGUGGAAAGUGUGAGAAAAGGUGAAGAAAUUUAAGAGAGGUUUUUUGAGGGAUAAUUGUUAGCUCAACUAGAGAAAUGAGUGAUAGUGUAGCAAUAACAGCAUCAUCUUUGGCCAUUACUGAGAAAAAAACUCAAAGGCCUGGUGGUUGUGUGGGCAUUUUCUUUCAGCUCUUUGAUUGGAACCGUAGAUUUGCUAAAAAGAAGCUGUUUCGGAAGAAACUGCUCUCACCAGCUCGCUUGAAACAAGCUUCAAAGAAGUUUGGAGGGGAUGAGAAGCAACCAAAGCAUCGUUUGAUUGCUAAUGAGAACAGUGGAGGUUUUCCAAAUACAAACAACAAUGGGAUGAGCAAAUGUGAAAGCAAGCGUGAAAUGAAAGCUCCAAGUUUGGUUGCUAGGCUCAUGGGUUUGGAAUCAAUGCCUACAGGACAAUGUGGUACACCGAAAAAGGCUUCAGCUCCUGAAAUUGGGAGCAAUAUGGCAGAGAAACUUGGUGCUCGGCCUGGCGGAUCUGAUAGAGAAGAUAUGAAUUUUGAGAAGGCUGAAAUAAAGCGCGAAUUAAGGCCUCAAAAGCUUCAGAAGAUAGGGCUGAGCGAAAGACGCCCAGUCAGUAGAUUUAGUGCUGAAGCAUUGCAGUUGAAGACUGUAUUGUCAAGGCCAAGAAAACAUCAGCCUAAAUUGGUUUCUCCUGUAAAAAGUCCCAGAAAUGUUUCUGGUAGAAAUGCAUCUAGGUUGAUUGGGGCUGCAAGUAGGAUUUUGGAACCGGGUUUGCAAAAGAGUAGGGCGAAAUGUGCUCUCACUUAUCCUAAAUAUUUUUCUCCCUUGGAAGACAAAGCAGAUUUAGCAACACACCAUUUGGUGGAAGGCUCUAAUUCUUAUGUGGAUUCAAAGACUUUGAAGGGUGCAUUUGUGCCUUCAUGUAAAAAUUGUGGUUAUUUGCUUCAUAGUAAGAAUGGUACACCAAAUGUUUUGUCACCUGUCUGUAGUUACUCUGAACCUUCUUGUGAAGGCCUAGGAAGAAAUAUGCCGAGGUUGCCGAUUUUCGGCAGCAGGGAUCAACACGAGAGAGUUUCUGAGAGUUCGUCCUCAGACGCCACUGCAGAAAUAGAUGAUGUAUCUUACUGUGCGGAACUCAUAUUGGGCAAGAGAACUAUUAGCAGAAGUCAAAUAGGGAUGCAUGGCGCCCGCCAAAGGAGCAAUGUGAAGAAAGAUGUAUCAUCUGUUACUCAUGUGGAUAAGAUUCAGAAGCAAAAUCAAACAUCUCAGAAUAGAGAGAGAGGUCUUAUGAAGUCUAAGCCAAGUAGUCUGCAAAGCAACAGAGUUUUAGCAGCUACAGAAUCUAUGAAUGAUACUAAAAGUUUUGUUGCACAGAACAGAAGUUUAGGUGCAUCUACUACCCGAUUGAGGAUGCCAGCCACAGCCGACGGCUGCAAGUUUGAAACUGAAAGAAAACCUUAUUCACGGAGAAGUGAUUCCCUCCCUCCGGUGCGGAAGAAGCGAUUGAUGAAUGUUUCCAGACAAGGUGAAAGUUCGACUUGUGGAAAUGCGAGUUUGGGCAGAGAAUCAAGUCCCUACUCUGACAAAACAAGUAGAAAGGAUGUUUUUCCGAUUAGUUCUGGUGAUCGGCAUUCCACUAAACCGAAGUUGCCAUGUUUGCGAGAGAGCCGCGCAAUCAGUGAUAGUUCUGAGGGACGUAAUGUUGUUUCCUUUACAUUUAAAUCUGCAAUGAAUCAGAAGGUUGACGUUCAUGCAGAAGUCACAAAAAGGAAGUCGCAAAAUGGCCCAAGUUUUGGUGCUACUCCAGGAAGAUCCUUCUUUAAAGGAAAUGAUGAAACAACAUGCUUGCAGAAACCCUUACCUUUGAAAGGGGACAUUUUAGGAGCACUUCUGGAGCAAAAGCUGAAGGAAUUGGCUAGUGAAGAAGAGUUCGCAGAAGGGGGUAGAAAAAGCACUGCUACGAUCCUUCAGGAGUUAAUUACUGCAUUGAAUGCAGAGACACAAUUUCAUCUGGAUAGUUUACCUCUUAGACCUAGCAGAAAAGAAGAAAAGUGUGAUUAUGCUGGUGUGUCCUCUAGAAAUACUUGCAUGAAUUUCCAGGCCACACCAGAUUCGGCAACCAAUGUAGUUGGGAAUUCACUUGAUAUUGAUCACCGUAGUCCAGGAUGUGUUCUUGAAGCUAGCUUUUCAAAUGACAGCUGCCUCUCCAGCAGUCCUAAUAGUAGCUCAAAGGACAAAUUGCUUGCUGAAUCUGUGGACUCUACCUAUGAUGAACAACUCUUCCCAGAAACUGAUAGAGAUCUUUCGGAUUGUGCAACCUCAUUAUUCAGCCGGAGGAGUUGUGGAGCACUGAUCACAGACCAUGUUAACAACAUUUCUGGAGUGCUAAGCAAGAUUGAUCAGUUAAAAGGAAGCAAACUCAGUCACGCAAAAGAGGUCGUUUUGAAUGCUGAACUUCAUUUUGGAACUAAACCUCUACCUGUAGACGAUGGGUUUUCUGUGAGCCAUUUUCUCGUCAAUGAACUUGAUAUGCUAUCAGGUCUUCUAUGGAUGACUUUUGGUCAGUUGCUCGGCUGUAAUGACCCAAAACAGAUUAAUCAGCUUAAAGGAUUUGCCUUUGAUAGUGUAAUAGAGUACCUAGACAUGACAUUUGGUCGAUACUCAAAUUCUGGUUUCAGAACCUGGACCAAACAACCAUCAAGUAUGACUAAAGAGAUUCUGAUUGCUGAUAUUAUUGAAGAGGUCAAAAUGUGGACAGAAUUUGGUGGUUUGAUCCCUGACGAGUUAAUAGAAUGGGAUAUGAGCCAUUCUUUGGGUAAAUGGAUAGAUUUCGACAUUGAAGCAUUUGAGUGUGGCACUGAAGUUGAUAGGCAUAUUCUCCAAGUAUUAGUAGAUGAAGUUGUUUUAGACCUAUAUUGUUCUAGCUAAAUUCAGAUGUAACUCUUAGCAGUAGCUCCUUUUGUUUAUGAAGAGUUUGCAGUAGUAGCCUAUCAUGUGAUAACUCUGGCUUCAAUAAUUUCAAGCAAAGUAUUUUGUACAAAUCAAUA